AUGGCUAACCGCUCGUCCUCGGCAAGAGAUCAGCUCCAGCCCGAGAUCACGCUAUCCAGAUGCCUAACGGAGAGCGCCACCGCGACGCUCACUCUCGACGUGACCAAUUACCUCGAGCUCGACGGCAUGGGCGUCGGCGAGUUCGUCAGCUCGCGCGUCUUCAGCGUCGGCGGCCACGACUGGGUCCUCCGGUUCUACCCCGACGGCGAAGGAUAUUCGGAGGAUGGCUAUGCUGGCAACACGUCGGCGUUCGUGCGCUAUCAGGGCGAAGCCAGGGGCGUGAGAGCCAAGUUCACGAUGGAGAUGCUCCAUAAGCAGGGGAUCAGCCAGGCAGCGGUAGUAGCCAGCUACGGUUCCGUGUCAUCCGUCUUCUCUCCUGGUAUGUGGAAAGAGGACUGGGGCUACCAGGUGUUCGUCCACAAGUCCAAGCUGAGGGAGCUGUCGGAGCUCGGCGGCGACGGCGGCUGCAGCUUCACGAUACGGUGCGUCCUCACCGUCGUCACCAACGAGUCGCCGCCGAUAGAGCUUCCCGGCAGCCUCGAGCGGGCGCUGAAAGACGGGAAAGGCGCCGACGUCACGUUUAAUGUCAGCGGCAGCGCGUUCAGGGCGCACAGGUUCAUGCUCGCGGCGCGGUCGCCGGUCUUCGAGGCCCAGCUCUUCGGGCCCAUGGCGGAGAAGGACAUGGGCCGUGUCGAGGUCGUCGACGUGGAGCCGGCCAUCUUCGAGAUGAUGCUUCACUACAUCUACACGGACUCGCUGCCGCCGUGCGGCGGCGACGACGACGAAGGAGGAGGCGGCGGCGGCGCCUACGGGGCCGCCGUGUUGCAGCAUUUGCUGGUGGCGGCGGAUAGGUACGGGAUCGACCGGCUCAAGACGAUUUGCGAAGAGAAGCUGUGCGAGAGCAUCGGCGUGGAGACAGUCACCAGUACUCUGGCGCUGGCGAAUCAGCACUUUUGCGAGCGGCUCAAGGACGCGUGCCUGGAGUUUAUGUCGUCGCCGGAAGUGUUGGGCGCUGUGCUGGAGACCGAUAUGUACAAAGAGCUCCUUGAUAGUUGCCCGCGGCUGUCUUUGGAGAACAAACGGUAG